GUCCUUUUUUACUGACAAAACCGAGAUAUUUUUCCUUAUUCAUUAUAAAAUAUUGAUGCAAAGUUGAAUUACUGAUUAUACUUUGUAAAUGAGCCCAGGACGCGGGGGUGCGGGCGGCGGCCCCUCCCCCAUGGAUACUGAAACCGCCAAAACUACAACAAAAAGAAGACAUAAAGAUGUUUCCGAUACAGAAGUCACAUCAUGUAAGCAAAAAAUGACAUACAUACGAAGUCGACGUGGUCUCUUCAAAGACCACAAUCCCAUAUAUGAAGAUAUGACCAAAAAAGAGUACCCCGUACUAUUGCAAUCUGCUUCUAAUGAACAGACUCAGAAAGUUCCCCUGGACAUCCUCAAAGUUAAUGGAAUAUUAAAAGAGAUUACCGGUGUGCAAUAUGUAAAGGCGGCUGGGAACUUUUUUGUCAAAGUUUAUUUCGGAUGUGUCAAGGAUGCCAAUGCCUUUUUACUAAAUAAGACUGUAUUACAAGCAAAUAACUGGAAGGCGACGAUCCCGUAUGACAGCAUAGAAUGCCAAGGAAUUAUUCGCGCUCCUGUGGAACUCAGUGAGGAAACAUUACUUGAAGACUUGAAAGCGGACUGUAUGAUUCUUGGUGUAAAGCGCUUUACCAAAAAACAAGACAAUGAGCAAUACAAGCCGCUCCCAACCGUCUUGGUUACUUUUAAGGCAUCGUCUAGACCCGACCAUGUAAUCUACGAUCAUAUCUGGAUGCCUGUACAGGAAUACAUCAGACCACUUCUUCAGUGUUUCAGAUGUUAUAAAUUUGGACAUGGCAGCGGAGCUUGUAAAAGCACUCAAGUAUGUUCCAUUUGUUCGGCGGGACAUUUUUACAAGGAAUGUACCACACCAUCUGUGUUCAAGUGCUCAAACUGUAGUGGACCCCAUUCGGCAGUUUCUUAUACCUGCCCAGUAAAGGCCGAAAAAAUUGCACAAAUUAAGAACAAGAUCAAUGGCAAAUUCUCUUAUGCAACUGCAGCCGCAGUAGCUGUAACACCUAGUAACAGUAAUAAUCUAAAUAGUAAGAUUCCAAAAACACCUGCUAAAACACCUCACGGACGUGCUAUGAUUGCUGAUAUUAUUAAUUCUGAUAUUGUUCUUAAUGCAAUCACCAAAACAAUUAUAGAAUUAUUGAAAAAAAAAGAAGUCAAAAAUACUUCCUCCGGUCCUUCGACUAUAUCCUCCCAAAUGAUUAAAGAGCUGCUUGUAACAAGUUUUACUGCUUAAGUUAUGGACAGGUUGGGUAUCAAACAAUUAAAAAUACUUCAUUGGAACUCCAGAAGUCUAUUUCCAAAACUGGGUCAACUUUUACAUUUUUUGCAUGGCUGUGAUAAGAGUGUUGACAUUAUACUAUUUAAUGAAACUUGGCUGACCCCUAGCAAAAUUAUUAAAUUGCCCGGGUUUACUGUAAUUUGAAGAGACUCUAACCAUCCGCAUGGUGGUGUUGCAAUUGCAAUUCGUUCCAAAUACAAGUUUAGUAUUGUCAACACUUUAUCACAGUACCAUUUUCAAAAUAUAUUAAUUAAUAUUAACAUUAAUAAUUUUUCACUAGAUUUGUUAUGUUUAUAUGCUCCUCCACCUCCUAAUGGUAAGUUUACUAUAGAUUCAUUGAAAGAUUCAUGUUCAAAAUUUGUAAGUAAUAAUCGUCUGAUAAUAGGUGACUUCAACGCACAUCACUCAUCUUGGAGUUCAAGAGUCAAUGAUGGAAGGGGUAAAGCUCUUCAUGCUUUUGUGGAGAAUUCCGACUUUAUUUGUUUGAAUGAUGGCACUAUCACCACUUUCGCUCCGUUUGGCCAACAAGGUAAUGUUUUGGAUUUGGUAUUCGCAUCCCGAGCUCUUAGUUCUAGUUGUUCGGUAUCUGUUCUUGAUGAUCUUCUUAGUAGUAAUCACUUCCCUUUGCUCAUUAGUGUGGUUUAUGACUCGCCCUCUCCUACAUGUUGUCCAGGUGCUAAUCUUCAACAAGAUGGUAAUUCGCUAGCUAAGGUAAAUUUUAGAAAGAUUGACUGGUCUAAGUUUAACAAGUUAUGUGAUGAUAAAUUUGAAGUUUUUCAAUUUGUAAAUAACCCUCUAGAACACUAUACAAAGUAUUUGAGUAUUUUACAUGACAUAUUAAUGACAUUUACUAAAAAAUGUUACCAUCAUAAAAAUAUAUGCUUAAAAGCUACCCCGUGGUGGUAUGAUGAAUGUGACCGUGUAGUUUUACAAGCUAAAAUUGCCUUACGAUCUUACAAACAAUAUCCUUCUAUGGAGAAUUACAUUAUAUACAAAAAACUAGAUGCUUUAAAGAAAAGAACUUUAUUUGAAAUUAAACGCGUGAGUUGGUUGAAUCUUUGUUCCUCCUUUAAUCGCAUGACAUCGAGUAAAAUUAUUUGGGAUUAUAUACGUAGAUUUAAACAUGCAAAACUUAAUUCCGUUUCUUCAUCUCCAAAUUUUUUUCAAAAUCCUGACAAUGCGACAUUGUUUUUAGACAAAAUUGCUUCCGACAAUAAUCAUGUAUCAAACAGUGACCUUAAUGAGUACUUUGAGAAUCGUGGCUGCCCGGAAGCUCAAUGGAUGGUCAACCCAUUUUCUAUAAGUGAGUUUUUAGCUGCAUUAGAAAAUAAAAAAGAAACUUCACCUGGUCCUGACUUAAUUUCUUACAAAGUAAUUAAAAACUUACCUCUUCAUGCCAAGGAAAUAUUGUGUAAAAUCUAUAAUGAUUUAUGGCAAAGUAAUUGUAUUCCCCCAACGUGGAAAACGCAACAUGUCGUUCCAAUACUAAAACCUUAUAAGGAUUCUAAAUGUGUUGAGUCAUAUAGGCCUAUUUCCUUAACAUCCUGCUUUGCGAAAGUUUUUGAAACCAUAUUAAAAAAUAGACUAGAGUGGUUUACAGAAAAUAGCAAAGUUAUUCCAAGUACUCAAUAUGGUUUUCGGAAAGGUAAAAGCACAAUAGAUAACUUAAGUUGUUUGAUUGGGGAUGUUA